AUGGUUCUCGACUUGUCUUUCAAUAACUUAAACGGCAGCAUACCUCCCUGCCUACUGCAAGAAAGUUAUUACCUUCAAGUUCUCAAUAUUAGGGGAAACAACAUUAACGGUGUCAUCCCUGAUACAUUUAAUUGGGAGUGUGGGCUAAAAACCUUUGAUGUUAGUGACAACAACUUAGGAGGGAAGAUUCCCAAGUCUUUGGCAAAUUGUGUAGAAUUAGCGGUGAUGAAUGUUGGAAACAACAACUUUGAUGAUAGUUUCCCUUGCAUGGCGCUGCCGGAGAGCUUGAAGGUUCUUGUGUUGCGCUCCAACAGAUUCCAUGGAGAGUUGAGAUGUGGUAAGAGUUGGCCUGAGCUUCAAAUUUUGGAUAUAUCUUCAAAUCAUUUCAGUGGCACUCUGGAUUCCCUAAACUUCUCAAGCUGGAGACGAAUGAUGCUACAAAGUCAGGCACAUUUAAGGCGUUCAGCCUCCGAUAUUUUAAGUGCAAAUGAUUUAUAUCGGGAUGAGGUGACACUAACUUUGAAAAAUGUAGAGGUGAAGCUUGUGAAGAUUUGGCCUGACUUUACAUGCAUUGAUUUGUCUUCCAAUCAUUUUGAGAAAGAAAUACCAAAUUCAAUUGGUAAUCUCACCUCACUCUAUCUUCUCAACUUAUCACACAACUCUCUCACUUAUGCAAUCCCAAGAUCAUUGGGUGCCUUGAGAGAGCUUGGGUCGCUCGACCUCUCUUCAAACAAGCUCACCGGGAGAAUACCAGAUGAGCUCACAAAACUCGAUUUCCUAUCAUUCUUGAAUCUGUCUUACAAUCAUCUCACUGGACCCAUCCCAACUGGCCGCCAGUUUCAAACGUUUUCAGAAGAUUCAUUUGAAGGAAACGCGGGGUUAUCUGGAUUCCCACUCAACGGAAGUUUCAACAACCGUCGUCCACCCGGUCCAUCGCCAUCAGAGGAUUCACAACCAAAAGAGGAGGAGAUUGAGUGGGAAUAUGUGUUUGCUGCGUCUGGUUAUGUUGUGGGAAUAGGAUGCGUCGCGUGGACACUGUUAUGUUGCAGAAGGUUGAGAGAAAGAUACUUUGAGAAGAUAGAAGAGGUUGCUGACAAGAUAUUCUUUGAGAGAGGAAGGAGAAGGAGACAUGAAAGAAGAGUAAGAAGAAGAGAAGAGAGGAAUGCAGUUAGAAGAAGGUAUCAUCAGUGA